CAAGUUUCUGUGGUUUUGGACUUGGAAUUGAAGCUGAGAUAUUAGAGGAGUUUCAGAGUAAAGGGGGCAUAGGAUAAUGGAAAAGAAGGUUCUUUUAGUGGCUAUUGACAAUAGCAAGGAGAGCUUGUACUCUCUGGAAUGGACUUUGGACCAUCUCUUUGGUCCCGUGGGUGGGGAGGACCACUUCAAGCUGGUGCUCAUCCAUGUUAAGUUGCAGGCCCUUUCGGUUCUUCGCUUUGCCGGACCUGGGAUGGGCGAUGUGUUGCCAAUUGUGGAAGCGGAUAUAAAGAAGACGGCAUGUUCCGUUGUCGGGAAGGCAAAGGAGCUCUGUCAUAAAAAAUCAGUAAAGGACUUCGAUGUGGAAAUUGUAGAAGGGGAUGCUAGAAGUGCAUUGUGUGAGGCUGUGGAGAAGCACCAAGCUGACAUGUUGGUCCUCGGCAGCCAUGGCUAUGGCGCCUUCAAAAGGGCCAUUUUGGGGAGUGUGAGUGAUUAUUGUGCUCACCAUGCUCAUUGCACUGUGAUGAUCGUGAAAAAGCCAAAGACCUGCAACAAGCCCAAGCACUAAAAGAAAAACGUGAUGGAUUUUGCCGAUUGAUUUGUCCCUUAGAAAUAUUUUUGGUUGAAAUAUUUUUGGUUUCAAAUGACAUGUGGAACUAGGAUAAGAUCUUGUCUUUUAAGUGUGCUUGGAUAAUCUCUAUAUUAUGCUAGUAGAACAACAUUGUUCUCCUUCAUUUGUGUACUGAUAUUGUAUUCAUUUUUUGAGUUAGUAUUUGUGGUUCGAAGUUUUUUCCUUAA